UUUGCCUGAUCGAGUUCAUCGAAUUAGUUUGGGCGACCUCGAUCUCGACCGUCAACGCAGAUCGAACGCUUUCUGUAUCAGUGGGCCCAAGGUGUGGGUCUGGAGCGUUGGAUCACGAUUAACGGCUGAGACUAGCCUUGACCCGCAUCAAGAGAGCAGACCACCUUCCUCGUCCUCUCGAGCAUUUGACAGGCCGCCGCUCCUUCCGGAUCUGGGCGAGGCGAGCUGCGGCGCCGGGCGUCGCGGGGAGGAGGGACUAGGGGAGGAUGAACUGGAUCGGGCGCAAGAUCCACCUAUACAAUGUCACCAUCGGCCUCUACAUGCUCGAUUGGUGGGAGCGCUACCUCUUCAAUAUUUUGAUGGUUUGCCUCUUUUGGUACAUUCUCCGGUAUGUCCUUGGGUUCUUCCAAAGUAAUCUGAAGGCACUUUUCCAAGAUGGAAACUAUCUUGGGCGAGGCAGUACAUAGCCAUGCCAUUUCUGUAUCUUCCCUGGAAGCUAAAAAGCCUUCUGGUGUUUCUGUCUAGUGAGGGGGGACAACUCGAUGUUGUGCAAGAUCGACGUUUUUGUGUUGUAAAUGAUUGCUAAUUUGUUAUACCACCGUGCUUCGUGGACGCACCAUGAUUCUGUUGUGUUGCACCCCUUACUGAAUUCAUGUACUCGUACCGCGUGUACCAUUCAUCA